GUUCUAAGAAGGCACAGCGUUGUAUAAAAAACAAAAACCCAACUAAACAGUGGUUUGAACCGUGAAAUAGCCCCGCUGACAUCAAACGUCGAACAGCCCUUGCUUAUUUUAUUUUUUAUUUAUAGCCCACAACUAACUAAAGGUGUGAGUUCAUAUUUUCAGGAAAUACAAAUAGUGAUGUCAUGCUGUGGUAAUCCGUUAUAUAUUCAGAUCUAGAUCUAGGCAUUGUGCUCUUUGUUUCAAUUGUGUGUUGAGCACAUUGCACUAAAAGUUGGCAGACAGUGAAGCAGAAGCCAGAGAUGGCAAACAUAGAGACUGAUGCUAAAGCUGAAAGUGUACAAGCUGAUGCUUUGCCUGAGUUUACACUAUCUUCAUAUACAUCGGGUUCUAGAAUUGGACAAAACAGCUUUUGUGAAACCAAUCCAGAAAUGGGAGUCGAGUUUGAAAAGAAAUUUGAAUAUUGCGACACAAUCGGCUCAGGCAGUUGUGGAGAAGUGGUACGAGCCAGGCAUAAACAAGAUAAACAGUUCUAUGCCAUUAAAAAAAUUAAGCUCCCGAAAAGUGAAAAGGCACCGUCUGAGGGAAAAUAUUUAAGAGAAGUGCAAAGUCUGGCAAAACUGCAACACAUUGGAAUAGUACGCUAUCAUACAGUUUGGGAUGAAGUAGUAAACCAGCAGCCAUUUUUGUUUAUACAAAUGGAAUUAUGCCAAGCAGGAACAUUAAGUACCUGGCUUGCGGACAAUGCUGGACCACGCCCUCCAGUUAAAGUCUUACCUUUCUGUAAAGAGAUUUUGGAAGCUCUCAGUUACAUCCAUGGCCAGGGAAUAAUUCACAGAGAUGUCAAACCUGGCAACAUCUUGAUUGCCAAUGGCAAGCUAAAAAUUGGAGAUUUUGGAUUGGCUACAUGCCAUGAUGAUUCGUUUGAACAUGAGAGCCAUUCAAAUCAAGCAGCCAAUCAGCAUACAGCUCUGCAGGGCACUAAGCUUUACAUGAGCCCAGAACAGCUUAAUAAAGGCCAGUAUGACACCAAAGUGGAUAUAUUUUCUACUGGCCUAGUCUUUUUAGAGCUCUGUAGGUCGUUUCCUUACCCUGAUGAGGAAAAUUUGAAAGAAAGGGUCUUUAAUUCUGUCAGAGAUGGAGGUGCAGUUAACCUUGUUGGCUUUCCUGAACCAAGGAUGGCAACGAUUGUGCAACAGAUGACAGACAAAAAUCCUGCUAAAAGGCCCACAGCUAAAAAGUUACUGACUGAUAUGGUUUUUAAGAAAUAUUCACAACAUAAUGACAGUAGUUUAUCAUGGACAAUUAUAAACCAUGCAACAAACGUUGUAAAUGGACCAGGAGCAACAAUGGUAGUCAACAAUUACGCUGAUGACUGGAAUAAAACAAGUAGAACAAAAGAACCCAAACGUCCACUGUCAGUGUCGCAGGAUCCCCCAACUCAGGAUCAGCUAAUGAACAUAAAAGAUCAAAUAGGCAGAAAGAGCUCUUCUAUGGAUUUGGGCAGAUACCUUGGAUUUGAUGACGCUUUCUUGGAACAGUUGAAAGAAGAUUCAGGAGAACUUUCAGAAUUCAAUUAUCAAAUUUUAAGAAAAUUCAAAGAAAAAUGUCCUGAUUUAUACACAAAGAAAUAUCUAGCUGACAUUUUUUAUCAGAAGAUGAGACGCGGUGACCUGGCCGAUCUUCUAGCAGAUUAAAUUUAGAUCUAGUUACACUGUAAAUAAAUUCUUAA